AUGUCAGACGAAGAGUUGACGGACUGGGAGGUGGUCGAAGCCGCACCUUGCCAGCAGAAAGCGUACGAGGGGGACAGUGACGCCCGCAUGUGGGAAGGAAUCACUCCAACCAGCGAAGAAACGUUUGAACCAGGUCAUGAGGAGCCACCCAACGAUCUGCCUAUCACCAUGCUCAACGCCGGCAGUCGAAGACCACCUGUCGCAGCAAAGCAUCCAAACGAAGAAGAACAGAGCUCCCCACAACCUAGCAAAAAGGAUGAUCUCGAGCCUUGCCAAUCCUGCAAUGGCUUCCAUUACAUCGCGCAGUGUGUAUAUACCUUGACUUGGUCGGAGUGGCUAGACUAUCAUCUCACCUACAUGCCAAGCCAGUCCUACGGUCAUUCGCCCGAGGGUCUCGGAGAGGACACUUCAGACAUGCAGUUGCUAUACUAUCGUGCCGAGUCUCUUGACGACAUGGCCGGAAGCUGUGAGAUCAACUACUUGUCUGACACGCGUCUGAAGGCCGAUCUGAUGAGUAAAUCGAGCGUGGAGAUGUUCUUGGACGAUGAGCAGUGGGAGAAACGGCUUGUCCAGGAGGAAGAGCAGAGAAACGUAGCUCCGAGAGACUCAGGAGACGAGAGAUCUGGUUCAGAGAGCGUUGGAGAUGCGCUUGAUACCAUGAAGACCGACUUCACGAUGCAUCUGCCGGCAUGA